GAAGAUGGAAUCCACUGAGGAAGGAAGGCCUAGGUCUUCAGCACCGUGUGUGCCAGCCCAGAAGCAGCAGUGUGAAAGCCUCUGCAACAUCUGCUACAGACCCCUAAAAAUCAGGUGGGGUUGGAUUUGGACAUCCUCAGUAGGAAUGGUUAAGUGCUGAUGGGAUCAUAAACAGAUGAUGCCAGAUAGUUGAUAAAUCCUAUAGCUCAACUUGAUUCCUAGAUACAAGCUGGAUUCAUUUGAUACCACAGAAAUGAAACUUUGGGAGACUGGAUUGGAGUCUCCCUUCUUUCCCAGCCUGGAACUCUUGGGAGCUCAUCUGGAAACCUUAUUAUCUAUUAUGUCUUUGUGUGAAGACAUGCUGCUUUGUAACUAUCGCAAGUGUCGCAUCAAACUCUCUGGUUAUGCGUGGGUCACUGCCUGCUCUCAUAUAUUCUGUGAUCAGCAUGGCAGUGGUGAGUUUAGUCGUUCACCAGCUAUCUGCCCUGCCUGCAACAGUACUCUUUCUGGAAAGCUAGAUAUUGUCCGCACAGAACUCAGUCCAUCAGAGGAAUAUAAAGCCAUGGUAUUGGCGGGACUUCGACCAGAGAUUGUGUUGGACAUUAGCUCCCGAGCACUGGCCUUCUGGACGUAUCAGGUACACCAGGAGCGUCUCUAUCAAGAAUACAAUUUCAGCAAGGCUGAGGGCCAUCUGAAACAGUUGGAGAAGAUAUAUACUCAGCAAAUACAGAGCAAGGAUAUAGAAUUGACCUCUAUGAAAGGGGAGGUCACCUCCAUGAAGAAAGUGCUAGAAGAAUACAAGAAAAAGUUCAGUGACAUCUCUGAGAAACUUAUGGAGAGAAAUCGCCAGUAUCAAAAGCUCCAAGGCCUCUAUGAUAGCCUUAGGCUACGAAAUAUCACUAUUGCUAACCAAGAUGGUACCCUUGAACCAUCUAUGAUUGCACAGUCUGGUGUUUUUGGCUUCCCAUUAGGGAGCAACUCCAAGUUUCCUUUGGACAGUACACCAGUUCGAAAUCGGGGUGGUGGAGAUGGAGAUUUUCAGUUCAGACCAUUUUUUGUGGGUUCUCCCACAGCACCUGAACCCACCAACAGCUUUUUUAGUUUUGCCUCCCCAAGUAAUGAAUUAGAGCAGCAGCAAGUCUCUAGCAGGGCCUUUAAAGUAAAAAGAAUUUAGUUCACCUUAC